AAGUAGAGCAGAUUUCAGCGGAACGGAGCAAAGCAGAAUAGGUCAAAAGAACAGGGCAUAAGUCCCUUUUGAGGGUUGUUUCACAAAUUAACCAAGAUACGAACUCCUCAUCUAACCCACACCCAAUUUGUUCUAUCCUUCCUUUCCACUUCGACACAACCAAAGUGAACCCAAUAAACCCCAUCAAAACUCCCUCUGUUAAUACACUUUUCAUGCAGUUGGGAAGAGCUCUGUUCUCAUAAAUACCCAUUUCUCCUUGUUUUUCUGCCCCCUCAUUCCUCCUGCAAUCACAUUGGCUUUUCGAUUAAUAAUUGCUUUUACUAGAGCAAGUAGAUUGAAAAUGUCAGCCUCCACAGCAUCAGGGUUGCAAAUGGCUGCAGUUAGGCCAUGUGUGUCUUCCCCUCGCCGUGUUUUUGGUGCCACUGCCGCAUUUUGUAUUGCUGGUUUCAGCCGAGCUUCUUGGGCUAAGCUCACAAGUGCUUGUCAUAUAUCAUCUGUACAGUCUUUCCAGCGCAACCUUUCAUCGGCGUCCUCCUUGAAAUCCAACAAGGGUGUUAUCAAGGCGAUGGCAGAAUCUAGUAACAAUUCUGCAGGAGGAUUGCCUAUUAACUUAAAAGGUAAGAGGGCAUUUAUUGCCGGUGUAGCUGAUGAUAAUGGGUAUGGUUGGGCAAUUGCAAAAUCUUUGGCUGCUGCUGGUGCUGAGAUUCUUGUUGGAACUUGGGUCCCUGCACUGAAUAUAUUUGAAACUAGUCUAAGGCGUGGAAAAUUUGAUGAAUCGCGAGUGUUGCCUGAUGGUUCAUUGAUGGAGAUCACCAAAGUAUAUCCUCUAGAUGCAGUUUUUGACAGUCCUGAAGAUGUACCUGAAGAUGUAAAAAGCAACAAGCGUUAUGCAGGAUCUAGCAAUUGGACUGUGAAGGAAGUUGUUGAAACAGUGAAGCAGGAUUUUGGUAGCAUUGACAUCCUCGUGCAUUCACUUGCCAAUGGACCUGAGGUCACUAAACCUCUUUUAGAAACAUCAAGAAAUGGAUACCUGGCAGCAAUUUCUGCUUCAAGUUACUCUUAUGUUUCGCUGCUCAAGCAUUUCCUUCCUAUAAUGAACCCAGGUGGUUCCUCUCUAUCACUCACAUACAUUGCUUCUGAGAGGAUCAUUCCCGGGACCUCUUCUUAUUUCUUGCACAUUUAUGGUGGAGGCAUGAGUUCAGCAAAAGCUGCAUUAGAGAGUGACACAAAGGUGAUGGCAUUUGAAGCCGGGAGGAAACGCAGGAUUAGAGUGAACACAAUAUCAGCUGGUCCACUUCGGAGUCGUGCUGCAAAGGCUAUUGGUUUUAUCGAUAUGAUGAUAGAGUAUUCCAUAGCUAAUGCUCCAUUGCAAAAGGAAUUGUCUGCUGAGGAAGUUGGAAACACUGCUGCUUUCUUGGCGUCACCUUUGGCGUCUGCUAUUACGGGUGCUGUUGUCUAUGUAGACAAUGGUCUGAAUGCAAUGGGGGUGGGUGUAGAUAGUCCCAUUUUCGCAAAUCUUGACAUUCCGAAAGACCAGCAUUGAAUUGGUGGUUAGCGACCACCCAUAUUUUGUGUUACGAUAGUCGAAAUCUUCAUUCAAUAGUUUGUGAGUUAAGUAUUGAUAAUCCGGGUAGGAUGCUUAUUGUAUUGCAUCUCACAUUCUUGCAAUUGUCAUCUAUAUAUGAAUUCUUGUUGCAGGCCGAGGUAUUUCCUAUCUCGUGUUCUCAAAAAAGCUUUAUUUUAUUUUGAAAAUUUCUGCACAUGCGAUCAUAUGUCCUCCUUAGAUCUCAAGUUCAUGCACUAAUACAACCGAUUAUACCUUGCUCCAAUUCUACCUAGUCUGGCUAGCAAGGUACAAUUGGUUGUAAAGUUUAUUCAUUUGGCUUAAAUAAAGGCAUGCUAUUGUACUUGUAUAUAUUCAGUGAUGUUAAUGUAAGUCAAUUGAGGAAACUAUUCUAUUAUAAUCCUCCAUGCCUCUUUACUCCAUUAAUGUUGUUAAUUACUAUCUUUCUCAAUGUCGACGCCUCCAUUGCCCCUUAUUUUUGGUUUACUCCUAAAUAACUGGAUAUAAUAAACCUUUUUUUUUGGUGAAAAAGUGGGACAAAGUCCUAAAAACAAAGCAAAUAUAUGAA